AUGGCGUCUGCGGAGUGCUAUCACCCCCUGCAAGUGAGGAGCACCGAAGCCGGUGACAUAACCCUCGGCUCCCGGCUGGAGUUGAGAGGGAACGGCGGCUGGAGCCGGGAGCUUUCAGGACCGCGGACAGCUCCGCGACUCAGCGGCGAGCAGGAGACCUCGUUCAGCAACUCACCCGCGACCAACGACACGGGGCACGGGGCGGGGGCUGUGCCCCCCCACAGCAACCGGGACAGAACCCAGGAGACGUCGCCCCGCUCCGAGGAGGAGCCGGAGUCCGAGGGGGCUACCCAGUCGGUUGAUUAUGGCUUCACAGUGGCGCUGGUGUUCCUUGUGGCCGGUAUCACGUUGGUGGUUAUCGCCUAUGCCAUCCCGAGGGAGUCUAAGGUGGAUCCGGACACGGUGACAGCCCGGGAGAUGGAGAGGCUAGAAUUACAUUACGCCUUGUUAGGGUCUCACUUGGACAAAUGCAUCAUCGCCGGCUUGGGGCUGCUGACCCUGGGAGGCAUGCUGCUAUCCUUAUUACUCAUGGUCUCUAUCUGCAAAGGUGAGUUGUACGGGAGAAGGAACUUUAUGGUCAGUGGCAGAGCCAGAAAGACCUAUGGGUCCAUAAACCUGAGAAUGAGACCCACAGACGGCGAGGGACAUCAAUCCCUGGUGGAGUCUGAAGUUCUGCAACCCUCGGAGAAUGUCAGCCAGACCGGCUCCUGA